ACUGAUGGGCACUGAAAGGCGACAUUGAUAGGCAGCACUAAUGAGGCGGCACUGACUGGCACAACCGCUGGGCACUGACUGGUGGCACUGACUGGCAGCACUGCUGGGCUGCACUGAUGGGUGGUACUGGUGGGUGGGCACUGCUGGGCACCAAUCAUCAGGGCACUGAUCAUCAGUGCCCUGAUGAUCGUGCCGAUCCCUGCUCUGACAACUGCCAGUUCUCGGCAGUACUUUCCUCGCGCUCUGACAGCGCAAGGAAAGUGCAGCCGAGAACCGGCAAUUGUAUUUCCCAGUGAUCAGCG